GAAGUCACAUACUGGCCAGCAAAAGUCCCUCAUGACCAAGAGGAAGUAGCCAAUGAGAGGAGAACCUUUGCCACAGCAGUAUAAAUAAUCACAGGGUUUCCGGAAGCUCUGUUCUUUCCAGAACUCAGAGCAGUUCCUCACCCUGAGGCCCUGUGAGCUGCAAAGGGGACAGGGGUCAUUGCAUCCAGAGGGGCCCAGAAGGGGAAGGAGGCAGUGCCUCCACUGAAGCAGCUGCACCCACAAUGCAGAGCAUAAAGUGUGUGGUGGUGGGCGAUGGGGCUGUGGGCAAGACAUGCCUGCUCAUCUGCUACACAACUAACGCCUUCCCCAAGGAAUACAUCCCCACAGUGUUCGACAAUUACAGCGCCCAGAGCGCAGUUGAUGGGCGCACAGUGAACCUGAACCUGUGGGACACAGCGGGCCAGGAGGAGUAUGACCGCCUCCGCACUCUCUCCUACCCUCAGACCAACGUCUUUGUCAUCUGUUUCUCCAUUGCCAGUCCACCCUCUUAUGAGAAUGUGCGGCACAAGUGGCAUCCGGAGGUGUGCCACCACUGCCCUGAUGUGCCCAUCCUCCUGGUGGGCACCAAGAAGGACCUGAGAGCCCAGCCUGACACCCUGCGGCGCCUCAAGGAGCAGGGCCAGGCGCCCAUCACACCGCAGCAAGGCCAGGCACUGGCCAAGCAGAUCCAUGCUGUGCGCUACCUCGAGUGCUCAGCCCUGCAGCAGGAUGGCGUCAAGGAAGUGUUCGCUGAGGCUGUCCGGGCUGUGCUCAACCCCACACCGGUCAAGCGUGGGCGGUCCUGUGUCCUCUUGUGACCCUGGCACUCAGCUUGGAGGCUGCCCCUGCCCCCCCACCAGUUGUGCCUUGGCGCCUUGUCUGCCCCCAGCUGUGCCUUGUGCCUUAAAGACUAAUUCUGGCACCCCUUGCCAGGGGGCUCCCUGAAUGCCUGUUUCUCCUUGAGGAGGCCCACAGGGAAAGGGGCUUUGGGUCCCAAUCUGCUUGGGAAUACCAGGUAUUCUUGAGAGCUCACCCAGGCCAAGGUUGGACCCUUCCCCAAGAAGCCAACCCAGUGCCCCUCCCCAUUUUUCCCUACUGACCAGUUGAUCCAGCUUUCCACACAGAGGUUGCUGCCUAUUGUGGUGCCUUCUCUCAGGUUAGGAGCUCUUAGCCAUCCCUAACCUCUCCCUUGCUGCUCUUCGAAUUGCUCCCCCCUCAAGAUGCUCUCUCCCUUGCCCAAUGAAGGAACCACAAAAUCCUGAGAAGAUGAAUGUGCCCUAACUUGUCUCCAUGUGCCCAGGCCUUACGCAUUGCUGACUGACUCAGCCUCCCACCCCACCCCCCAUCAGCUCCUACCCCCAUCAGCAUCAAUAAAACCUCCUGUCUCCAGUG